AUGGCCGAGGUGCUGACCGAGGCACUGCGUGGCGAGGCGGAGGACCGCAUGCUCGGGCUCGCAGGUGGUGCAGCCGCACCAGUCACAUGCGGGUGCGACCUGAGGACCUGGCGCUCCUCCUCGGCACGAGCUGCCGCCGCGUCCGUGCGUCUGCUGCGGGCUCUCGACGCCGUGAGGGGCGACGCGGCUGGGAUCUUCGCCGCAGCCCGUUCCGAGGACGCUGCGAUGGCUUGCCCAGUUUCGUUCAAGGACCUUGCCGGUGGGGACCCUCGCGGUGGUGCGAUUCAAGAUUUCUCGGCGGUGACCCUCGCUUACCACCUGGUGCAGGAGCAGCUCGACAUGGCGCAGCAGAGCACCACGCGCGACUCGGACGAGCACGGAGCCGACGCGUGCGUGCCUGGGGCGCUGGCCAUCUGCCUCGCGUGCAUCGUCGUGGUGAUCGAGAGGCGCAUGUGGCACUGGGCCGCGGGGCUCUACCAGAUUGCGCAGGCGCUGCUGCUCGGCACCGCGGAGUGCGCGGGGCCCUUCGCCGGGCCGGCGAACGGCACGGUCCAGGGGGCCACUUGGGAGCCACUGGCGGUGUGGCAGCGGGAUCCGUCGGCCUUCCUCGUCGACAUAAUGGCUCCUUUCGUCGAGAGCGACCUGUGGUGGCGCGGACGGCAGCCGGUCGAAGACCCUUUGGCGCACGCGCAGAAUGAAUCGUUGAGCCGAUGUGCCGGGCUGUCCGAUGGGCGCCAGGAGUGCGAGGCGGACGACCCCACGGGCGAGGGCGUGGUGCAGCGCGGCCCCUCCGAUGCGCCGCUGACGCAGGUGCUCGGCGUGGGGCUCAUGAAGGCCGGCAGCACGCUGGUGCUGCAGUCGCUGCGGGCGGCCACAGGCCUUCCAUCGGGCAUGGACUGCACCGCCCCUGGUGCGCUCUGGAGCGUCGAGCGCAGGCGGGCGCCGCUCUCGCGCGCGCUGGCGGCCUGCUCCGAGGAGGUCUUCAAAUGGGAGCUGGCGAAGGAUCCGCUCCUGACACCGCUGGCGAACCGGCUGGCUUUGGCGUGGCCGGCAGUGUCGCGGGCGGGCGAGGGGUUGCGAUUAUUUGCGGUUCUCGCUGGGCAAUUGGCCGAACCACGCCCGCUUCACCCCGGCGAAGCAGCUCUACCUGGACGUCGGGCAGCACGGCCUAAGGUACUCCGGCUACGUCGACGCCGCCGUGCAGCGCUGGGCGCUGAUCGUCGACGAGUACCUGCGCUGCCCCGGGCGCUUCGCGCUGGUGCGCUACGAGGACUUCUCUGCAGACCCGGCCGGGGCGGUGGAGCUGCUGCUCGGGCAGCUGGAGCUCGGACACCUCUGGACCCCCGCGGCCGCCGAGCGGGUGCGGCGCGCGUCGGCCGUGCGGUACCAGGCGGCGCGGGGCGCGCGCAGCGCGGAGGGGACGCCGCCACCGACUUCGGGCCGGGGCUGUUCCGCCGGCUGGCGUGGGCGGUGGCGCAGCGCGCCGUGCUCCUGGGCUACGGGCGCCCCGCGGAGGCGGGCGGGGAGCCCGAGGACCCCGUGGACAUGCCCGCGCUGCCAGGCCGCGCGUGCGGGGCGUGA